AUACUACAACCCACUGACUUUACCAUUACUUAUCGCUCCUCCCCUUCACGUCUUGCGCUGCAAAAGUCGCUCCUUCCUCCUCUCGAAAACACCCUCAUCUUUCUCUCUCUACUAAUCUUCCUUUCUUUCCUUCGCCCGAGGCGCCCCCGCUACUCCGACAUCUCACCUGUCAAUUCGCCUCCCCACUGACGCCGCCUGUUCAUUCACAUUCUGCUACGGCUGUCGAACAUGGCCACAAACGGCGCCGCAAAUCAGUCGGUGCUUGGCCCGAUCAUACAAGCUGUUGAGUCCAUGCAGGGGAAUGUAGACCGAGCCACCAAAGAGCAGGCGGUCGACUACCUGGACAAAUUUCAGAAGACGCCCGAAGCCUGGAGCCUGACUUUUGAGAUGCUGCAGACGGACAGCCUGAGUCCUCAGAUCAAGCUCUUCGCAGCGACAACGCUGAAGGGCAAAAUAGUCUACGAUCUCCGGCAGAUACCCAAAGAAGCACAGAUUAGCCUGCGCGACUCGGUUCUCAGCCUGCUUAAGCAGUAUAGCAAAGGCCUUAAGCUCAUCCGUACCCAACUCAACAUCUGCCUUGCUCAGCUGGCCAUCCGCAUGACCAGCUGGCGCGAUGUUCUCCCACUCGUCAUGCAGACUCUGGGCAACGAGCCCACGAGUAUAUCGUGCAUACUCGAAUUCCUCAAGAUCCUUCCAGAGGAAGUCACGGAAGGACGCAAGUUCAACCUCUCAGAAGAAGAAGUUGUCGACAGGACGAAGGAGCUACUGGAAGACAACGCCCCGCAGGUUCUGCAACUACUAUCGAAUUAUGGCACGUCAUCACCAUCCGCCGCGCAAGAUCCGGAUUUGAUCAAAGCCAUCGACUCAUGGACGCGAGAAAUACCCUUGGUCGACAUCCUCCAAUCACCUUUGUUCUCCGUUCUAAUGCAUGCGCUGGAAGCACCCGAGUCUUUCGAUGCAGCAGUAGACUGCUUGUGCACGAUUAUAAGAGAAACACGCGAUGUAGACGAAAAUCAAGAGGCCAUUGAGAAGUUGCUGCCGCAAGUAAUGACUCUACGUCCAAAACUAGCUCUCUCUGCUCAAGAAGAGGACACAGAGAUAUUUACCGGAAUCGCAAGGAUUUUUGCUGAGGCCGGCGAUAGCUGGGUCCUGCUAGUCGCGCGACAACCGACCCUGCUGAAACCGCUUGUGGAGUGCCUGCUAGAUACGGCUGCGCUCGAUUGGGAGAAGGACUCGGUCAAGCAUACUUUCUCGUUUUGGUACGAACUUAAACAGUACUUGACGUUGGAACGUUACCAGGAAGCAAAGAAAGAGCUUUCUCCAAUUUACUCAAAAUUGGUGGACGUCAUGAUAAAGCUUCUACAAUUCCCAACGCCUGAGAGUGGCAAUGAAGCAGAUUUAUUCGAGGGCGACCGUGAGGCUGAAGAAAAGUUUCGCGAGUUCAGACACCAAAUGGGUGACGUGCUGAAAGACUGCUGUGAGGUGCUAGGCGCAACGGAGUGCUUGAAGAAACCAUACGAGCUCAUCCAUGCCUGGGUUGGCAAGUACGCUUCGCAAGCUACGGCAAACAAAGUACCGCACUGGCAAGAGCUGGAAGCACCCUUGUUCAGUCUACGCGCAAUGGGGCGAGAAGUUCCACCGGAUGAAAAUGUCAUGCUGCCUCAGUUGAUACCGCUCAUCGUUCAGAUUCCAGAUCAUCCCAAACUGCGAUUCCAAGCGGUAAUGGUACUCGGACGGUACACGGAGUGGACCGCACAGCACCCACAAACGUUGCAAGAUCAGCUGCAAUUCAUCAUCAGCGCGUUCAAUUAUCCCUCGAAAGAGGUGCUGCAGGCUGCCGCGCUGUCAUUCAAGUUCUUCUGUACCGAAUGUGCUGACCUGCUCAAAGGCGAGGUUGCUCAAUUGCAGCAAUUCUACUCGACUGUGCUAGACAAACUCUCGGUGGAUAGCCAAGAAGAGAUCACGGAAGGUGUUGCGGCAAUAUUAGCAAAGCAGCCCAUCGACCAAAUCUAUCCUGGAAUGAAGGCAUUCGUUGAUCCGGUCGUUCAGGGUAUCGUUCGACUAGCCGAGAACGCAACGGACAAAGCAACCAAACUUGAUUUGUCCGAUCGGCUACAACUCCUCACCAUUUUCGUCCAGUGGGUUCAACCAUACGUACCCGAGCCACAAGAACAUCCGGCUGUCAAGUAUUGCCAGGAGAUUUUUCCCUAUCUUGCCCAAAUCGCACGCAAGUUCAUUGACAGCGUACCCGUUCUUGAACGGGUAUGCCGCUGCUGGCGGCACAUGGUGAUUGCCUACCGUACAUCCAUCGCCCCGCUGAUACCGCAAAUGGCAGAGGAGCUACGCGCUGGCUUCGCGCAGUCAAAGCAGGGUUGCUUUUUAUGGGCCACGGAUAGCAUCGUGCGUGAGUUUUAUGACGACGCCGAGGGAGUGCAGCCCGGCUUCCCCGAAGCAGUGUAUCAGUUCUUUGAGCAGCAAGCCACCACGUUCUUACGCGCUCUAAGUGGUAUCGCUCCAGAGGAGCUCCCGGACGUUAUCGAGGAUUUCUUCCGUCUUAGCCAGGAUAUUCUACUAUACCAUAGCGUUCGCGCGAUUCCCGGACAUCUUAUGCCUGAUAUACUUGAAGCGGCAACGAAUACAUUGCAGAUCCUGAAGGAGGAGCCUUUAAUGGCGACUCUUCACUUCUUGAGGGACUUCCUCUCGUAUGGACUUCCUGAUCAGCCGUACUCCUCUUUCGCGAAUGGCGAUCGAAGAACACCUGCCCCUGUUGUGGAAGCUGUGAAGAAGAUCUCGCUUAUGAAGGGCGAGGAAUUAACCAGGAGACUGCUGGUGGGCAUGAUGUACACGUUUCCCCAGGAUUGCUAUCCUGAUGCCUCCGGUGUAAUUUUUGGCCUAUUUCAGAUUCUUCCGACAGAGGCGACGGCUUGGAUUAAGGGGACGAUUGCGCUGCUACCGGAAGGCGCGCUCAGCGCAGAGGAAGCCCAGAAGCUGAUGGCCGGCAUCGAACAACGCGUAGCAACCAAUGAAUUGAGAGGUAUUCGCACGAUACUGCAGGAUUUCACGAACUCGUAUCGCAGGCGAAACGUGGCUCCAAGAGAAGGUUUGGGACGUUUGGAGGCGAGUCGAUUCAGGUUCCAAGGGUAAUCGACGGGUCCCUGGGAACUCUGAAAAGUUUACUUGAGAGAUAUUUGUCCUUUCUUGAUAGCUUUGUAGCGGGAGCGGAAGAACGAGCCUGUCAACGCGGGGCUGGAGGCCUAAGCAUGAGCUAACAUAAAAAGCUAGAAGAAAUCCCGAGAACUCUUUCUCUCCUUCUCCUCCCUGAUAUGCGAUAUAGACAAAGCGCUGCUGCGUUAGGUGAAUCGAUACUAGCUACAUUCAUUUAAUGGGUGUGAGGCAAUCAAAUGGAAAGAUGAGAUUAGUGCGCAUGCUCCUUGAGUUUUGGAGAUGUUAAUUGACAGCAAGGAAUCCAUGGCCGUAAUUUCUCGUCUUAUCUCCUAACUUCAUAUGUCCGCCUUAUCGGCUUAGAGUGCGCCGAGUCCUGCCAGAUGAAGUCAGCGUAAGUACGGGAGGGAUAUCACUCUGUUCCAUUUUACAGAGUUUUUCUAGGAAACACUCAAGUCAUGUGGUCAGAUAGCGUUCUAGAAGUUUCA